AUGAGUGAAGAAUUAUAGGGAAUGAAAUAAUUGUUGUCUUAAGUGGAAAAGCUAAAGACAGCGAAAAGUGAAUAGUAAUAUGAGCCGAUUCUGCAAGCUUUAUAAAGAGUAGAGUAGUAUAUGGAAGAGACAGUGACAGCAGACGGUCGAUAAUAUUUGCCAGAGCUGGUAAAUAUUUGUGUGAAUUUCAUAAUAAAUCAUAAAGGUUACCCAGAAAGAGUGAUUUUCAAUUUGGAAGCAUUUAUAAAGUGUGUAUUGAAAUACAUUUGUAAUAAUUUGUAAGAGGAGAAGGUAAGUUAAAUGUUUAGGACAAUAAUGGAUCCUUCUCGUAUGAUUUAUGAGCAUAAUGCACAUCGUACUGAAUGGCAUGAUCAAGUAAUAAAUUGCAUAAAGUUAGUUUAUAAAAUAUUCUUAUUCGCUCAAUCCUCAAUACAAGCAAUUUAUAGAUUAACUUUAAGUAGGGACUUAUGUAGAUUGUAUGCGUUUAUGUCGUAGUACAGGGAGAUAUAAUUGGUCUAGAGGAGUAGUGGAAGAACUAAAUGAAGAUAAUAUAAAAGUGAGAUAUCUAAAUGAAUAAUCUGUCAAAAAUAUUUACAAUAUUAGAAGUGGUAAUAUUAUGCCAUUUAAAACUCGGUCUUAAAAAUUAGAUUAAAUGUUUAAACUUUAAGUUGGUUAAUUGAUCUUAGCAACUUAAUCAGAUAAAUGGGUAUUGAGCACUAUUUAGGAAUGUAUUGAAGAGAAUGAUUAAGAACCAAUACUUAAAUAUAAUGUGGCAUUUCGUUUUUAUACAGAAGAGGGAACAAAUGUAGAUGAUGGAUCUUUAAUGAGAUAUAUUGGUUAUAAUAGAUAUCAUGAUGAAUCAAUCACAGCUUGUCAUCCACGUUUGGCUAUUUGUGGAGAUCACAUUUUAAGGAGAUUCAAUUCUUUAGAAUAAUAUAUAGAUGACAGUUAUGACAUUCUAUAUGAAUAAGAUUAUUAAGAAGAUAAAUUUUAUGCUAUAUUAAGACCUAAAUAAUCUAAGAGUUUUCUUUUAAUUUAAUUUAUUAAUCAUUUUGGUUAUUUAGGUGGAUUUGAUAAAGUACUCAACAUAUAAUCUGUUGAUAUUCUUGCUAAUUAUAUGUCUGCUAUAGGUAAUAUACAUGCUUAGUUAUUCAGAUCUUUUUGUUUUGAAUAUAUACCUAAAUUACAAGGAUUAAGAUAAACUUUACUUCAUUCUGAUGAGUAGACUCUAAGAAAUAUGGGAAGAGAAAAAAUGAAUUUAAUUAUUUAAGCAUUUAAAGUUCUAUUAGAUCGAAUUAUGAAUGAAGAUUAAAGAAGAGAAUGGCUUUAAAAGUUGAGUCUGGAAUUUGUUUAGAUUUGUUUUAAUUGUAAUUUUUUAGAUAAAAAAAUCAUGGGUUUAAAAUUAUUAACUGAUAUGCUAAAGUAAGCCAGCACUGAUAAGUGUCCAUAAACUAUUUUAUAAUGGAUUGAAACUGAAAAUAUUAUGGAAACAUUAUUUCAUCACAAUACUCAUCUUCAAUUACUUGAAAGAACUAAAGAAUUGAUUAGACUCUAUUUAAUUAUUGAAAAUGCCUUUACAGUUAAACAUUUGAAAAUGAUAUGGGAUCUUAUGCAAUAAAAUGAUAAUGAAUUAAGACCAAUCAUUUUCAAAUUAAUUAAUGAAAUAGCUUUUUAAAUGAGAAUCUAACAUGUUUCUUAUUUCUUAAAAUAAAUCUAAUUGUUGAAAGAAGAUUAAAUUUUAAUUGAACAUGUUUAAUUACUCUUUGAAAUGAAUAGAUAUUAAACUAAAAAUUAAUUAUUAAUAUGCUAAGCUAUAGUUAUCUUAUGGAAAAUUAUUGAAUAUGCAGGCUAAGCAUCCAAACAACCAUUAGAAGACAAAUCUAGAUAGUAUCUUUGCGAUUUGAUUAAGAAUCUUGAAAUUAAAGAAAUCAAAGUAUAAAUGGUUCAAAAGUUAAUUAACAACAUUUAAUAAAUGAAAGUAGAGAGUUCAUCUAUUAAAAUUUUAUCUCAUGUAAUAUGUUCAUUUCCAUUAAAACAAUUACCUUUACCAUAACCUUAACCCUAAUAACAAUCAGAUAGUAAUGUAGAAACAUAAGUCAUGAUAUAUCCUUUUGUGUAGAACAAUUCUCAAAAUGUUAUUGCAUAAAAAAUUCAAGAAGAAAUUGAUUAAUCAUCUAACUAUGAAAACAAAACAACAUAAGAAAUAACAUAAGAUGAAUUUGUGAAAGAACUUGUUUAACAAUCAAAUAUACAUCAUAUUCUAAGAUAAAAUAUUGAAAAUCUUCGUAUUUAAAAUAAAGGUAUCAAUGCAGAUAAUCUUUAAGAAUCUGCUCGAUACAUGAACAAGUUAUAAGAAAGAAUCUUACUAAUUAAAACUCUAAUUAAAAUUAAUGGCACUGCUACAAAUAUAAUAGAUUAAUAAUUCUUAGAUUUGAUAUGGAAUGAACUCAUUUUGAAACCUAUUUGUAAAUAAGAAUGUGAUAUGGCUAGUAAUUGGUUAAGAGAUUUAGUAGAGAAGGAUGAGUAAUUUAGUUUGACAGAAUUAGAUCUUUUUUUUAGAAGAUUAUUAAAUUCAGAUUCACAUUUGAGCGAGAGUGCGUUUAAUUGCUUUUAGGCGAUAUUGUAUUAUAUUAAUUAGAAAGAAUAUCGAUUGCAUAGACAAUAAUAAAAUUUAAACUAAAAUUGUGAUCAAUAUGGAAAUGUAAUAAGCAUGACAAAUACAAAUGUGAAUGAAAAUGAUUAACAAUUAGAAUUAACUUUAUUAGUAGAUGUUAAUUAGAUCAUAGGAAUAGAAUAUUUAUGGCAUAUAGUUUUUAAUUCUUAACUUGAUAAAGCAGUUUAAUUAUUAGUGAAAUUGAAUUUAUCAUAAUAAGAAUAAUUCAUUGAGAAGAUUUUAGAUAAAAUGGAUUGUACAGAUGAAUAUAUAAUUCUGAAAUGUUUGGAAGUAUUGAAAAAUUUAUUGAAUGAGACUGAGACAAAGGGAGUAGGAUCAUUGCUUUCAUUGGAUGGUUUAGUAAAAGGAGAUUCAUUUAGUAUAAAUAUUAUAAAUGAUAUGGGAGAUGGCGCACCAAGUAAUAGAGUUACAUUAAAGGUAUAUUCAAGAAUGACAAUGUUUGAAUUACGAAGAUUGAUAGCUAAAGAAUUGUAAACUAAUUGGGAAUAAGUGAAAUUGGUAAGAAAUGGAGUAACAGUAUUAGAUACAGAUAAUGGUAAGACACUUAAAUAAAUGAAUGUAAGAAAGAGUGAAGUUAUAAAUGUUUAUAGAAGAAAAACAAAACCAAUUCCUUAAGUGCCUUUGGUUGAGAAUAACAAGUUAACACCAAAAUUUAUUUAAGUUUUGCAUUAAUUGUUUGAAUUAUAUUCAACAGAUGGUAAAAUGAAUUCUGAACAAUUAUCUAGUUUUGGAGUGAAGGCUGCAAAUGAUGAGAGUUUUAAAUAAGGAAAGAAAAUCAAAGAAGUUUUGGAUACUUAUGGAGAAUCGAAGGGAUAUUUAUCAGUAGAUAAUUUCAUUUCCUUUUAUGAAGAUUGUUGUCUCUAAUAGAAGAUUACAACUAUAGUAUGGAAGAAUUUACAUUCAUUUGGUUAUAAAAAUGAUUUGACACUGCUUGAAAAUAAUGAUGUUGAAUUAGAUGAAUUUAAAUUACCUCGUUAUUAAUUGGCUCAUAAUCAAAGAUUUUAUAGACUAAUGUUUCAUUUCAUCAAAUAAAGUGAUUAAGUUGCUUAAGAAUGCUGGAAAUUAUUAUGUUCUUUACCUGUUUUUGAAGCAGCUAAAUAAAGAAUACUUAAUUUUGAAGAUUUUACAAAAGAUAGAUCAUAUGAAUUAAUUUAUUCAAUCAAAAUAAUUGAACAUCUAUUAUGUACUGAAGAUUAUUGCAGAAAUUUUGUUUAAAGAGGUGGAUUCAAAUAAUUACAAUUAAUUUUAAAUAAUUUAGAAUAAGAAAUCAAUAAAAUUGUUAAAUUAGUAUAAUGUUUGAUUUUAAGUAUAUUUAUGAAACAUAUAGCUGCCUAAUACAAACCUUAAUUCAAUAAUAUAUACCAAAUUUAACAGCAUGUUAAACAACCAAUUUAAGCUAAUUUUGAUAUAAUUGCCUAAUUAAUUGAUGGUACUUAUCCAUCAUAAUCUGAUAAUAAACCUUUAUUAAGAGUAAAAGAAACUGAAGAAUUCUUGGAAUUAGUAAAAUUUAUGAAUGGAUUAGAUAUAUAAAUAGAUUAUAUUGAUUUAUUGAAAUAUAUUAUCAACAUAUAAUUGGAUAUUACUGAGGAUAGAUUAAUAAUAGAAUGUGUAUUAAUUUUGAUCACCACAAUAGUAGGAUAUAAUUUAGGAGAUUGCUUAAAUUAUUUUGUAUCUUCUAUACAAUCAAUUAAAUAACGUUAUGAAUAAUUGCUUUAUGCACCUAAAUAAUUAUUAAUAAGAAAGUUUGCAGGAAAUUCUUUGUUUUUAAUAUUUAAAUGUUAGAAUCAAUUAGGUAAUACUCUAAUUAAUAUGUUAAUUGAACUGUUCCCAAAAAAUGAAAAUAAAGAUUCCUAAUCUUUUUUUGAUUUAUUGGCCAAAUUGAUUCAGGAAUCUAAAUACAGUGAUAAAAAAUUUGCAGAAAAUAUUAUAGCACAACUAAAAGAAUAUGAACCUUCAGAAUCUAGAAUUGGAUUAACAUCAGAUAAAACUCUUACAGGCCUUCUAUCGAUUUUAGAAAGUUUGAGUAUAGUGGAUUAAAGUAUCCUAACUUAAUAAUUGAUAAUGUAUUUAUUUUAAGUUCAUUUGUUUUGUUUCCAUUUAAAUACAUUUUAGCUGACACCUCAGAAAUAAUAUACUCCAGAUUAUGUGAAGAGUAAAUCUCCAGAAAGUAGAAAGAUAGUUUAUAGAAUAAUAAUAUUGUAUCUAAAAUAGAACUAUUAUCCAGAGAUGUUAGAUUUAAAUGCAGUUAUUUAUUCUAUCAUGAUUUAUAGUGGAUUUGAUAUCAAAUUGAAUCCCAAGACUUAUCAUGGUUUUGUAGGUAUUCGAAAUUUGGGAUGUAUUUGCUAUAUGAAUGCAAUGAUGUAAUAAUUCUUUAUGACUCCUGAAUUCAGAUACAGUAUGUUGAGGGCUGAAGAUGGUGUUGAACCAAAAGUUGUAUAGUUUAGGGAUAAUUAAGGUUUAGAACAUUAAAUAGAUGAUAAUUAUAUUCAUUAAUUCUAAAGAUUGUUAGCUUAUUUAGAAUUAAGUGAAAGACCUGAUUGCAAUCCAUAACAUUUUUGUUAUUCUUUUAAAGAUUAUGAUAAUUAACCAGUUAAUGUCUCUUUAUAGUAGGAUGCUUAAGAAUUCUUGAAUCAAUUUUUUGAUAGAUUAGAUAAUUAAUUAAAAAAUAAAGGAUGGUAAUAAUUUAUUGAAUCUAUUUAUGGGGGUUAAGCAUGCAGUUAAAUGAUAUGUAAUGGUUGUAAAAAUAUGAGAGAAAAAUUCGAUUUAUUUUAUACUCUUUCAGUUAAAGUGAAAGGAGUGAAAUCAAUUCAUGAAUCCUUUGAAAGUAUGAUUAAUGGAGAAGUAAUUAAAGAUUAUUAUUGUGAAUAAUGUAAAUAAAAAAAUGAUCUUAUUAAACGAUAAUGUUUGCAAACAUUACCAAAUGUAUUAAUAGUACACAUCCAAAGAAUAGUUUUUAAUUUAGAUAUAUUCAUGAAUGAAAAAUUAAGUACACGUUUGGAAUUUCCGCAUAAUCUAAAUUUAUUUAAUUAUACAAGGGAAGGCUUACUUAAUUAAGAUAUUAAAUAAUAGUCAUAUUAUUAAUAUAAAUUAAAAGGAGUAGUUGUUCACAAAGGUACUGCUUAAUAUGGCCAUUAUUAUAGUUUAAUUAAUACUAAGGAUGAGAAAUGGUUAAAAUUUAAUGAUUCAAUAAUUGAGGAUUUUGAUGUAAAAAGAUUACCACAUGAAUGUUAUGGUGGUAAAGACACAGAAGAAGCUUAAGAUUUUUAAGAAUCUGGAAGUAGCACAAAUGCAUACAUUUUAGUUUAUGAGAGAAUUUAGAAAGAAUAGGUGGAGUUGAAGUUCUCUAAUUUAUAAUAAAAACAAGAGAUUAUGUCUAAAUUUGAUAGUGUAAUUUAGGAAGAAAUUAAUUUAGAACUGUCAUAUAAACUUGAUUACAAAACUAUGACUUAAUAACAUAUACCAGAUUCUUUAUAUUAAGAAAUUUGGCAUGAUAAUCAUAGAUUCAUGAUGGAAAGACACAUUUAUAGUGAUGAAUUCUUUAGGUUUGUAAAGGAAAUAGGAGAAGCUUUCCCAUUUCCAUAAGAUUAUAUAUUAAUUACCAAUCCAGAAUAAAUACCAUAAUAUUUUGGUAUUUACAAUAAUUAUUAAUAAAUGCAAGGAGUAGAAAAGAUUGAAUGUUUAUUAUAAAAUCUAACAUACGUAGCAAUUGAAUUGAUUGCUAGAUCAUCUGAUCAUUCUACUAUUAAAGGAUAUGUACUUAUAAUAAUGAAUCUUAUUAAUAUAGUUCCUACAAGUGCUUUUUCAAUUUUUCAAAAUCUGAUUGUCAAUAGAUAAUAAAGAGUUUUUAAUGUUUUGUUAUGUGCUCCAGAUUAUUCAAUAAGAUAAGCAAUUUAACAAAUUCUAUUGCAUUAUAUUAAUGUUAUCACUUAUAUUCAUGCUCUUACAUUAAAUACUGAAUUAUUAUAGAUUCUACAGACAGAUAAUACUACUGUAAAUUGUGAUUAAGUUGUUAUAAGGUUUUUAUUAGAUAUGAUAUAAAAAUUAUAAAAUGAUGUUGCCAAAAAUCCUACUAAAUUUAUUUAUUAUUUUACAUUUUGGAGAGACUUCGUAAAAUCAUCAGUUACAAAUGUUAAAUUUGCUAAUCAAAUAGAAUUAGUAUCUAUUUUUGCAGAUUUCUUUAUGGAGAAGUAAUCUCCCCCAGGUUUGUAAAAAACUAAAUUUUAUGAAUUUAUCUUGGAAAAAAAAAUAACUAUGGCAAGUAAAAUGGUAAUACCAUUCUAUUCUUAACUUUUCUAAUGUAUACAAUACUUAUUGUAAAAUUAAAAUUAUGAACUUUCCAAAAAUGAUACAAUAUGUCUUUAAGCUUAAAUCUUUUACAAAAGAGCUUUGACAGAAUGUUAAGAUUUUGAAGCAAUUAAAUAAAUAAUUUAAACAAUGGUUUUUGAUAAUGAAAGUAUAUCUAGAUCUGUAAUUGAAGUUUUAUUAGAAGAAAUUAAUAAAGCAAAUUAUGAAAAUGUGAGUUAAUUUUUAGGUUUAGCUUACAAUCUCCUUAAUAUCUAUGAUACUUAUUAAUAAGAACGUAUUGAAUGGCUACUUGGUUUUCCAGAGCCUAAUUAUUAAGAUAAAUAUGCAACAGGUUGUUAAACUAAUUUAGCUUCACCUAGCAUAGUUUAUUUAUCUCAUAUAAGUUCUUAAAAUGAAAAUAUAUCAAUUCUUAAUUUAUUAUUUGAGAAUCAAAAAAGAUUUUAAAAUAUUGCAAUUUAAAUAAUGAAAAUGGUUUUAGCUACUGCAAAUGUUAAUAAAUUAGUAUUUUCUUAUUUGAUUAAUUUACCACCCCCAUGUUAUUUGUAUUCAAAAUAUACAGAUUGGUUUGAAGGAUUUCUGAAUGAAUUUUUAGAUGAUUGUAAUAAAUACCCUGUUAUUGCAACAACCAUAUUUUUUAACAAAUAAAAAGAAAUUGAAGAAACUUUAUAAUUUUGGCAAUAAUUUAAAACAUUAUAUUCUUAAGUAACAGAAGUUGGAUUAUUUGAUUCUAUUUAGCCUAUUUAUAUUUUAGGAAAUACUAUUUAAACAGAACUCAUUUCAAGUAUUGUUUAGGUUGAUGGAGUCAUUUUAGAAUGUUAUGAAUCAACAGUCUAUUUUGUUGAAUCCAAACCUACUAUGACUAGUAAUAGUGUUUUCCCUAUCUCUAUACUUUAUGAUAAUAUUUACUUGUAAACUAUUAAAGUAGAUCCUACUUCAAAUAUUCACAAUCUUAUUUAAAAGUAAGGAAAUUUCACUAUUCCAAAACCACCACCUCUUCCAAAAAAAAAGGAUGUUAUUGAUGGAAUUGAUUUUGGGACUGAUAUUAAUAACACCCUUAAUUAAAAAGAAUAAGAAUCCAUGAUGCAAUUAUCUUAAUUCUAAAUGGAAUUAGAAUGUAUUACAGAUUCAAAUAAAUAGACUGAAGUCACUAAUACUAUUCCUAUAAUGUAAGUAAAUAUAAUAUAAUUCUCUAGUUAAUUCGGUGAAACUGCUUAAUAACUAAUUCAUUAUGAUGUUGAUCUUCAAAUUGCUCCUAUGUUGAAAAGAUUCAUGCUUAAUAAUACUACCAAUCAAACCCUACAUAUAGCUUAUAAAAUUACUCUUGAUCCAGAUAUCAUGGUCAAUUUUAAGUGAUUAAUUUUUCUAAAUUUUUAGACAUCCAGCUAAAAUUUGUAAAGUUGUUCCUCCAAGAACUACUGUUUACCUGACCACCAUUAUGAAAACCAUUCCUUCUAUGGAUUGGGGAUUAUUCAUAGAAACAAUGGAUAUUAAUUUUAAUGAAUAAAAUAACUCUGCUCCUUAAUAAACUAAAAAAUAGUAAAGUUUUCAUUCAUUUUAGAGUAAGAAUAGAUGAAGAAGUUUAAGUCUUUAUGCCAAAUCUAAAACCUGAAACAGGAACAAAAACUGAUGAUCAAAUGUAAUGUCCAGUUUGUACCUUCUUACAAUCAAAUUCAAACCACUUUUGUGAAAUGUGUACUUUUGAAUUUAAGUGAG